CUUAUCCGCACGCCUGUUGCUUUUUAUCUCGUCUUGUCUCUAAUUUUUGUAAAAUAUUUCCCGGGUUGAAGUUUGAUAUAAUUGAAAUAGGUGGUACAGGUUGGAAAAAUAUCUGAAACGUGCUGCGAUAAGUGUAGAUAAUGGACUCCAAAUACUUGGCCACCAGCAGAGGUGAUGCAGGAGGUCCUUCCCCGGUGAAGUUCUCGAUUAAACGAAAAUAUGAUUCCAUAGGGAAUAGUCCUGUUAGUGAGAAAAAAUCCCAGAUAAAACAACAGAUACCUCCAGUUUUACUGACCAGUAAAAGGACCUCCAUUGAACAACAUCAGAAAUCGUUGCCCGUUUAUAAUUGCCGCCAAAGAAUUCUAAAGGAACUGGAAGUUAACGAUACCGUCCUUAUAAUGAGUGAGACGGGAUCUGGAAAGACCACCCAAAUUCCGCAGUUCCUUUUGCAGGCUGGUUAUGCCAAAAAUGCGAUGAUUGGUAUCACUCAGCCACGAAGAGUGGCGGCAAUAACGGUUGCCCGUCGUGUUGCACAAGAAUUAUCAGGAAACAUUGGCGAUACGGUGGGCUAUACGGUUCGUUUCGAGGAUGCCACCUCAAAUAACACAAAGAUUCGAUUUCUAACCGAUGGAGUUUUGCUUCGAGAAUCUAUAAAGGAUCGUCUUAUGCUCAAAUAUUCUGUGAUUAUCCUGGACGAAGCUCACGAACGGACGGUCAAUGCCGAUCUUUUAUUCGGACUAGUAAAAGAAGCCCAGAAGGAGAGACGUAGGAAAAGGCUGGCCAAUCUAAAGGUGGUUGUUACCUCUGCUACAAUGGACAUCGAUCACUUUGGAAAGUACUUCAACUGCAAAGGAAUGUAUCUGGAGGGCAGGACCUUUCCAGUUCGUGUGAUGCACGCCAAAGAGGAGCACGAGGACUACGUUCACACCGUGCUGGUAACUCUCUUCCACAUUCACCGCACCACGCCAAGAAACCAUGACGUUUUAAUAUUUCUGACAGGACAAGAGGAAAUUGAAUCAUUGGCCCAGCAAAUUCGCCAACUUGCAAAGAUUGAUAUGACUGGAACCACGGAUCUCCGCGUAUUUACGCUGUACGCUCAGUUGUCUCAGGUCAAACAAUUAGAGUGUUUUGUACCAACACCGCCCAACGUUCGAAAAGUAAUAUUGGCCACAAAUAUAGCAGAAACGUCGAUUACCAUACCGGGUAUCCGUUGUGUAAUAGACUGUGGAUUUGUGAAGGAAAAAUCAUUUAAUACCGCCGACGGAUUGGACGUCUUAAAGUCAGUUCGAAUAUCCCGGGCACAAGCCUGGCAAAGAUCGGGACGAGCAGGUCGGGAUGCGGAUGGAACUUGUUAUCGAGCAUACACAAAAAGAGAAAUGGACUCGUUUGCAGAUGCUACUCAACCAGAAAUCCUAAGAACCAAUCCAACUUCAAUGGUGCUGCAACUUCUUGCCUUGGACAUUGAUUGCAAUAACUUUGACUUUUUAGACGCUCCACUCGAAGAAGGACUGAGGAGUGCCUAUAAAACGCUGGAAGCCCUUGGAGCUAUUAAAGUUGGAUUAGUCUCGCAUAUAACACCUUUGGGAUGGCAAAUGGUUCAGUUUCCCUUGGACCCCAAAUACUCCAAAUUAUUGAUGUCAGCACCAUCAUUCGGGUGCAUGCAGGAAGUUCUGUACCUAGUCUCUGUACUAUCGAGUGAUCAUGUUUUUGUCUCGAAUAGCGAUAAAAAUGAAACGGCUGCUUUAGCUCAUGCCAAGUUUCAGUCCAAACAUGGAGAUCAUUUGACGCUACUCAAUGUAUUCAAUGCAUUUUUAAAAUCAGAAAAGCCAAAGAUGUGGUGUCACGACAAUUUCUUAAAUUUGCGUAGUCUAACUUAUGCCCGAAAUGUUUGUCGCCAAUUGGCAGAAAUUUGCGGGAGGCUACAUUUGCAAUUAAACAGUUCUGAUGAUAUAGAAAGCUUUAAAAAAUGCAUUUUAAAUGGAUUUUUUGAGAACAUUGCCGUAUUGCAACGGGAUGGAUUCUACUUAACCGUUUCCGGCAACAUCAGGGCCAAGAUUCAUCCGUCAAGUGUUUUGCAUGGAAAGUACAAGCCUAGCUACAUACUCUUCACUGAAAUCGUUCAGACGGAACAAACAUUUCUCCGCCAAGUGACAGAAAUAUCCAUCGAAUUAAUUCAGGAGGUUGUGCCGUUUGUUAAAAUUAUACCAAGAAGAUAAAAUAAACUACAAAAAUGUUAAAAACAC